GGGCCCUGGCGCCGCGGCGGGGAGGGGAGGACGCGAGGCCGGCGCUGAGGCUCCGGGACCGGCAGAGCGCGGGACGCGCCCGCAGAGCGGGGCCAUGGCCGAACUCAAAUCGCUGUCGGGGGACGCGUACCUGGCGCUGAGCCACGGCUACACGGCGGCGGGCCUGGCCUACGGGGCGGCCCGGGGGCCCGAGGCGGCCCGCGGCUACUGCGCGCCGGGCCCGGGCGGCGACCUCCCCGCGGCGCCCGCGCCGCGCGCCCCGGCCGAGAGCAGCGGCGAGCAGAGCGGCGACGACGACGCCUUCGAGCGGCGGCGGCGGCGGCGCGGGCCCGGGGGCGCGGCGGACGCGCGGCGGCGGCCCCGGGAGCAGCGCUCGCUGCGGCUCAGCAUCAACGCGCGCGAGCGGCGCCGCAUGCACGACCUCAACGACGCGCUGGACGGGCUGCGGGCCGUGAUCCCCUACGCGCACAGCCCGUCGGUGCGCAAGCUGUCCAAGAUCGCCACGCUGCUGCUGGCCAAGAACUACAUCCUCAUGCAGGCGCAGGCGCUGGACGAGAUGCGGCGCCUGGUGGCCUACCUCAACCAGGGCCAGGGCCUGGCCGCGCCCGUCGCCGCGGCGCCCCUGGCGCCCUUCGGCCAGGCCGCCGCCGUGUACCCGUUCUCGGCGGGCGCCGCGCUGGGGCCCUGCCCGGACAAGUGCUCCGCUUUCUCCGGGGCGCCCUCGGCGCUCUGCAAACACUGCGCCCAGAAGCCGUGACGGCGCCGGCGUGCCCGCCCUCGCGUUUGCGCUUCCCCGGUGGCCGUCGCCGCACCCAGGCCCGGAGGUGGCCGCCGACCUCGCUUCCAACAGCUGCGCGACCGACGAUUAGGGGCGGCGGGGAGCGAGCGGCCCGCCCAGGCACACUGGACGCAGCCGGAGCUCCGGGCUCCGGAAUCCGCGCCCGGGAACUCGCGGCCGCUGGGCACCCCUCCCCAUAUCCGCUGGGCGUUGCGGGGAGGGGGGAAACGUUGCGGGCGGCGAGAGGUUCAACGUGCGCCUUGGGGCACCGCCGCCCACCGCCCAGGAGAAGACCCGGAGGGUGGCCCGGUCUAACGACGGCGUGGGGCGCGCGGACUGAGCGGGCACAGAGCACGGCCCGCGUCGCCAGACACCUGCGUGGCCGCGGUGCGCCGGACCCGAUCCCGGGAAGGAGCUGCGCAGGAUGCGGGAGACGCGGGAGGGGGAGCGCCUCGGGCUUUUCCAAGCCUGCAUUUGCGUCCUGAAGCCUGCGGGACUUCCCCCUAAUCCGCCCGGACUCCCCUACCUGGAGCUGCGGGGACCCCGCUUGGCGCGUCCUCCUCCUGAGGGGCCAUGCACGAGGGUCCUGUGCCCCGCGCCCGCUUGGCCCUGGAGGGUCCGCGGAGGGCCAGGUCCAGUCCAGGGACCACAGAAAGCCCCCUCCCACCAACCGCCCCGCAUUUCUGGGAAGGAGGCCGGGCCAUGGUGAGUACCGGCGGUGGCGGCGUCUCCUCUAGGGUCGGUGUGGGAUCUGUCGCUUGGCGCAGCCGGGCCCGCCUCCGUGGCCCGGGAGGAGCUGUCCGGGGCUUGAGCCGAAGCUCCAGGAACCGGAGCUCUGCUGCGCUAAUGCGGCCGCAGGGGCCAGAGCGCUUCGUGUGCGUGAGGGCGGCUCAGAGCCCUUUUGAAGCGCGGUGAACCUGCCCCGGGGUGAACCUGCCCGGGACGACCUCGCCCGGUGUGGCUCUGCUUUCUCCAGGCGGCGUCUGCACCUGCGGCCCCGGUGGCUGAGGCGGGGCAGGGGCAGGGAGCUGGGUUCAGUUCUGCAAGCUGCUUAUCAAACUAGCAGCUCGGUCGUCACUUCUCCUCGAAUCCCGAGUGUUUGGCGCAUUUAUAUUCGGAAGAAAGCACUGGCUUUCAACUUAUUUUUCAAAAGUGAUACAAUUAAAUCUCAAUAGCGAAUUC